CAGCCCCUUUCUCUCACCGUCUGAAGCUGGGGGUUUGUCUGGCUGGAGCAGAAGGAGUGGCUGAGAGCGCCACAUCUCCUGUCUGAAUCUCAGCUGCACUUUGACUUUGGUUUCCCGCAGUCCCUCCCCACUGUAUCUGCAGUGGACUAAUUCAUGUUCAAUGGAAUUGAAUCUCAGGGUCUGACACUAAAUCGUUUCUAUUUUUACAGGCUGAUCGUCCUUCUAAGAAGUAAGCAAAACAACAGAAAGAGCACUAUCAGUUUGCUGGGUGUUAGCUAAUAACAGAAACGAUGGGCACUGUACUCUCUUUAUCUCCGAGAACGGGUAAGGGAGGGAUACUGGAUGAGAAGCAGGACGGGGGUUACUCGGCUAUCCCCAACAGCAAAAAUGGCAAACCGGAGAAAAGCCUGAAGCGACAUUCAGUGAUAAUUUCAGCCCUUACGUGGAAGAGGCUCGUGGCUGCCACGGCCAAGAAGAAAAGUGCCAAGAAGGUUAACCCGAAUCCUCCACCUUCGCAGGUCAACAACAACACAGUCGAGCAGCUGAACAACGAAAAUGUAAUAAAAUCACAGCAGCAACCCAGUCCAGAUCGGAAAGGUUCGCAUCGGGACCAGAAACCUGGACCACUCGCGGUUCCGGUACCCACUGUCCCUAACCAGAGCCUACAGACGAAUCAAACUCAGAACGUAAUACAAAAUGGCAAACAGUUGAUCUCGGUCCAAAAGCAGCCUAGUAAAUCCGUGAUCUCACCAAGACGAGUGAUUGUUCAAGCAUCAACCGGAGAGCUGUUGCGCUGCCUAGGCGAGUUUAUGUGCCGAAGAUGCUACAAACUGAAGGAGCUGAGCCCCAACGAGAUCAUCCUAUGGUUCCGAAAUGUGGACCGAUCCCUACUUAUUCAGGGCUGGCAGGACCAGGGCUUCAUAACCCCUGCUAACCUGGUGUUCGUCUAUUUACUUUGCAGAGAUGCUGUAAGCGACGAAAUCGCCAGUGAAUAUGAACUUCAAGCCACCUUUCUGACCUGCCUCUACUUGGCUUACUCGUACAUGGGUAACGAGAUUUCUUACCCACUAAAACCCUUUCUAGUGGAGACCAACAAGGAGGUGUUCUGGGAGCGAUGCCUGCAGGUCAUUGACAAAAUGAGUGCCAACAUGCUGAUGAUCAAUUCCGAUCCGCAUUUCUUCACUCAGGUGUUCCAGGACCUGAAAAAUGAAGGGGAAACCAGGGAAGCGAAUGGACAUUGGACUAUCAAUCUUGACCGUUAAAAAAAAGACAGAUUUAAAAACAAAAUGGACAGCGUAGAUUUUUUUUUUCACCUCCGAGUAAAACGACGGUGAUCGGGACUGUGGGGUAAAGGGUUAUAAUGAAAAGUAAUGUGCACUAGAGCCUGUGGAUCAAAAUAGAUAGAGGUAUCCUUUUAGUGAUAAGAGAUAUUUCGUGUUGUAUAUCAGUGUAAAAUAAAUACCCUUUAUGCUACUGUGAAUCACAGUACACUGGGAGAUAUCCGGGAAGGAGUGGUUAAACAAAUGCAUGCCUAAGGUGUAUUCUAAAUGUUCUUUCAUUGUGGCUUUAAAAUGGAUGUUAACGCAGAGCUGCAGUGUAGCAACCAACAUGUUAGCUAGUGUGUCAAUGUUUUAGAUUAUUUAUUUAUAUAUUUAUUUCAUUUGGGGAGGGGGGACGGAAUGAUAGCGAGCAGUGUUCAUCUUCGGAAUUGAAAAGGGAGCUACCCAAGGUGCUGGCCUUUAACAGACGUAUUGCACAUUACUAAACCUCAUACUGUCUAUUUGAAUGUACGAUUUUACAACAAAGUGUUACUACACCGUCCAAUGUGCCAAUACUGUUGAAAUGUAUAAAACGUAUUGUUUUAUAUUGUAUAUUAAAAAAAAAAAACGAUAUACAAAAUAAUGAGACCCGAGAGUGAGUUAUUUGUUAUGUAUGGAUUUUUGGUGGGAAAUUAACAAAAUUAUCCUCAUUAAUGAUAUUGUCUUUGUUUCAGUACAAUCGAGCUGUACUGAAUCAACAAAUUGCAUUUGCCCUUUUCCCAUGUGCACUGGUCACUAAUGGCAUAUUUGGCAGUGCAUCGUAUAUUUUAAUGGAAUGGGCUACUCUUGAGAUUUGAUUUGUGUUCAUUAUAUAAGUAUAGGAUAUGUUUUUGUUCAGAACGCUAUAGAUUGGUUUUAAGACAAACUUUACUAUUGAAAGAACAACUAUUUAACGCAGCAAUACUGUGCUUUACUGUUUACAAGUUUAGUCGUGUUUCGACAAAAUAAAGUUACUUUACUCCAAUAAGAAGAAGAAGAAGAAGAAGAAGAAGAAGAAGAAGAAGAAGAAGAAGAAGAAGAAGAAGAAGAAUGUAUUAGUAAAGUGUUUACCUGAAACCUGAAACAACAUAAAGCAUUAGUGUAAGUUAGUGUAAGUAUGUCCUUCUAAUUUCAACAGUUGGGACAGCAAUAGUUCAUCCGCUUUGUAAAGCUUAUCCUUUAAUGCAAUCAGUAAAAGUCAUCAUUUAUUUCUAAAGAUACAUGGGUUUACUAACUAUUGGGCUGAACUCAAGUACUGGCUACAUUAGGUUGUCAGCCAACAGUGUAGCUAAAAAAAAGUACAAAAUUAAAUUAAAUUGAAAAAAAAGAUCAUACAUGUAUAAUUUAGCUUGCUUUCUAAACUCGUUUGGAAGGAUACAUAAAGUUAAUAAUAUCAUAUCUUUCUGAAUUCAUGCAUUCGUUUUUUUUAAGGCCGUCCUUGAAACGUGUACUCCUCUUCGCUUCUGUCGCUGACCGUGGUGCUGAAAUGACCCUCGUGCAUGUCGAUCCGAGCAUCUGAUUCAUAAACAGGUAUCACGUGCUUUUCAGAGCACAGCAAGAAAAAUAAAGAAAAGUCCAUUUAGCUUGGAGUCCCAACACUCAAAAAUGUACAUCUGUAUUAUAAUGUGGUUUGUCAACAUUUUUGUGAGGUACUGGUAUAUGACUCAGAGUACAGUAAAUGGCAUAAUAGCGGGUUCACAAUCCUUUCCAUUUUUUCUAAUACUGUAUGAUUAGUUGCCUUCAUUUAAACUCUGUUUCCAAGGUAAAAGAAUAAUAACAAUGUCCAUGUGAUUUUUCUUCCUAAUAAUUCGAAAUUCAUCAACAUGCUAAUGCUUAUGUUGUAUUACCAUUUUAGUUGCAUCAAAAAAGCACUAUAAACAAAGUUUUCUUAUUCAGCAGUCAUUUGUAUUAUUAUUAUUAUUAUUAUUAUUAUUAUUAUUAUUAUUAUUAUUAUUUGUUUAUGUAUUUAUUGUAGUAUGUUCUUGUUACUAAUGUAAAGUCAGGAGUACAAUUUAUAUGAUUAAUUAUGUGUAAAUUGUACCUGCAAUUUAAUUAUUUGUAAUAAAACAAUCAUUUU